CACACACACACAACUACACCACGGAAAGCUGCAGCCACAGCGAACUGUCCCCUGCAUGAACGCGUCCCCCAAACCAAAAUUAAAGGAUAAAAAUGUGCAUGUAGUGAACAGAAAACAGCUGUUCGGUGCACGUCAGUGGCGAAAAAUGUGUAAAAAACAUGGUUGCGCCCUUUGCUUUGGAAACCCCAUCGGACGUGACCAGGAUGUUUGCCUAACGCUGUGACCAUCAGACGCUGAAUUAUAGCCGUGUCAGGACGCACGCUGGGAGUUGUGUCUGCGCGAGGCGGAUCGAGAGAAAUAAAGAGGGGUUUGGAGCUGGGCUUUAAGAUAAAUGUCAGAGUCACUGUCUCACAUUCCUUGGACGCCGCCGCGUACUUGCAGCCAUGGACGACCACACACACACACACAUACACACACGCACACAGCCCUCUCGUGCGGUGCGUCUGUCCUGCACUGCGACUACAUUCAGUAGGUUCCGCGCUUCCCCGAUGACUGUGAAGUGUUCGCCACAGUAAGUGACUGCGUGCGUAAAGUUGUCAGAGGAGCAGAGUCUUCUCAGACUUGUGACUCAUUAAGUUAAAUAACAUCUUAUGAGGACAAAAUACAAUAAAAACUCUUCGUUUUGUCAACAUAUUUGGUCAAAUUGAAACAACUGUGAUGACCAAGGGCAAGUUUGGGGAGCGGGCGCAGUGAGAUCGAUCAAAUUUAUUCCUGCUUUAGGACAUUUUUGGUACAAAUAUUGUCUGCGUGCCCCGGGAGCCGGCGUUUGAAACCAAAAUCGGACCCUGUUUGCGCUGCUGGGUGAGAAAGAACCAGAGGGGGAGGAAAAGAGGUGUGUGUGUGUGUGUGUGUGUAAGGAGGGAGAGAGAGAGGGAGCGACUGCAAUAUCAUUUGUGGCUCCCUCGCUCAGUGCUGCAGAUAGGGGCUGCCAACACAUGCGGUGCUACUGCAGGUGACGGAACAAGCUGAAUGUGCCCGUGGACGCACCGCGGAAUUCCAGCAUAAUUUCCUAAAACAAUCUCACUCGGAUUUACAUUCAUUUUUCAUUUUUUCCAUUUUCACUUUUUUCUUUAAGACACAAACCCUGUUUUUUUUCCAGAAGGCUGUGCGUUCUGGAGUUGGUAGGAGUAAAAGAGAGCGGGUGACGAAGAGAGAGAGAGAGAGAGCGCAAGCGAGAGAGCGAGUGAGAUAGAGAACUGUACUGCCUCCUGGUUGCGAGUGACUUAUCCGGAGGAAGAGAGUGGGGUAAGGCAGGCGUACACAGCCGCAUCCUCAGCAUCGGUUGCUUUUGCGCGAUCGCAGGGAUGAGUUUGUCUGCGCAGGCAUGAAAAUCACCCUCUGUGGACAUACACUACCGGACACACGGGAAUAAAUAUCGCACAGCUUCAAGAAAAAGAGAUAUAAGGCACGAACAGUGCGUAAAAGUGGACUGCUGCUGAUACUUUCUGGUGAUGUGAUAUUGCCAACCUGACAUUUUUUGGGUGGACUUUUACGCACGAUUUACACACAAGCACGGGCUUGUCUUUGGUUCAUGUGUGGCAAGAUCCAGUGCGCUCGGAGAUUUGCGUAUUUUUCCCUGUGUUUUGACCUAAGAGAAGAGUAAGUGAUAUUCAUUGCUGGAGGUAGAAGAGGAGAAGAGUGAGGGAAAACCCGUGCACUUGCUGCUUCCCACUGCAGCAGGAGCAGCAGCUCAGAAGAUGAAGUCUUACGCAUCCUAAUAAUUUACUGUCGCCGCAUUUGGACUUUCUACCAGUGAUUUCAUUUAGAUUUUUUUCAACAGAUAUUUCUUUUCCUGCUAAACUCAAGUGGAACAAUGAGGACUAUUGGUGCAGUGGACUAUUUAUGCUAUUGCAUGCUCAUCCUGCAGCUUGUGAAUCAGCCCGCCGCCAAGCAAGUGCUCCGGUACCGUUUGGCGGAGGAGGGACCCGCCGACGUGCGGGUGGGCAACGUCGCAGCCGACCUGGGCAUCGUGGCCGGCUCUGGGGAGGUGACAUUCACGCUGGAGUCCGGAUCUGAAUUCUUCAAAAUCGACAACAUCACAGGUGAGCUGAGCACCAACGAGAGGAGGAUAGACCGUGAGAAACUGCAGCAGUGCCAAAUGAUCUUUGACGAGAACGAGUGCUUCAUAGAUUUCGAGGUGUCCGUCAUCGGUCCUGCCCAGAGCUGGGUGGACCUCUUUGAGGGCAAAGUCAUCAUCUUAGACAUCAAUGAUAACACUCCAUCCUUCCCAUCCCCUGUCCUGACUCUGUCCGUGGAGGAAAACAGACCCAUUGGAACUCUUUAUCUGCUGCCCACAGCCACAGACAGGGACUUUGGCAGGAAUGGAAUAGAGAGAUACGAGCUCAUCCAGGACAACGGCGAGAACUCCAGGCGCAUGGGCUCCUCCGGGGACGCGUACUCCGGGAAGAGGAGGUAUGAUGACAGCGCCAGCAGGAGCAGUGUGUUUGAGCUGCAAGUUGCUGACACCACUGAUGGGGAGAAACAGCCCCAACUUAUCAUUAAGGGGGCCCUUGACAGGGAGCAGAGGGACUCCUAUGAGCUCACGCUGCGCGUAAGGGAUGGAGGCGACCCCCCUCGCUCCUCCCAGGCUAUUCUCAGGGUGAUGAUCACUGACGUGAACGACAACAGUCCCCGCUUUGAGAAGAGUGUGUAUGAAGCGGACCUGCCGGAAAACAGCUCUCCCGGUGCCCCCAUCCUGCAGCUGAAGGCGGCUGAUGCAGACGUGGGGGUGAAUGGUCAGAUAGAGUAUGUGUUCGGAGCAGCAACAGAGUCCGUGAGGAGGCUGCUGAGGCUGGAUGAGAGCACAGGGUGGCUGAGCGUCUUGCAUCGCAUUGACCGUGAAGAGGUCACCCAGCUGAGGUUCACAGUGAUGGCCCGGGACCGAGGCCAGCCUCCCAAAAUGGACAAAGCCACAGUGGUGCUGAACAUAAAGGAUGAAAAUGACAACGUCCCCUCCAUAGAGAUACGCAAGAUCGGUCGUAUCUUCCUAAAAGAUGGUGUGGCCAACGUGGCUGAGGAUGUGGUGGUGGACACGCCCAUCGCCUUGGUGCAGGUGUCAGACCGUGACCAGGGGGAAAAUGGCAUAGUGACCUGCACGGUGGUAGGAGACGUGCCCUUUCAGCUCAAACCAGCUAGUGAAAUGGAGGGAGAGCAGAAUAAAAAGAAAUAUUUCCUCCACACCUCUGCACCGCUGGACUACGAGGCCACACAGGAGUACAAUGUGGUCAUAGUGGCUGUGGACUCUGGAAGCCCCAGUCUGGCCAGUAAUAACUCCCUUAUAGUUAAAGUGGGGGACACCAAUGACAACCCUCCCAUCUUCAGUCAGAAUGUAGUAGAGGUGUCAUUUCCAGAAAACAAUGCCCCAGGCGAGAGGGUGACAACAGUGCUCGCCAUUGAUGCAGAUAGUGGGAAAAAUGCCGAAAUAGCCUAUUCACUUGACUCCUCUGUAAAUGGGAUUUUCUCCAUUGAUGCAGACAGUGGGGACGUCAGAGUAAACACCAUACUGGACAGAGAACAAACAGAGCGCUAUGAAUUCAAAGUGAUAGCCAAAGAUAAGGGCAUAAACACUCUCCAGGGCUCUGCAACAGUGGUUGUCCUGGUGGCAGAUAAGAAUGACAAUGAACCCAAGUUCAUGCAGGAUGUGUUCACCUUUUAUGUAAAGGAGAACCUGGAGCCAAACAGCCCUGUGGGAAUGGUCACGGUCAUUGACGCUGAUAAAGGCCAAAAUGCAGAGAUGAGUCUUUUUGUAGAAGAAGAGGAAGAAGUUUUUUCCAUUGAGAAUGAAACAGGAACUAUUUUCUCUACACUGUCCUUUGACCGAGAGCAGAAAACCACAUACACGUUCAGGGUCAAAGCCGUGGAUGGUGGUGACCCCCCCAGAUCAGCCACAGCCACAGUUUCACUCUUUGUCAUGGAUGAAAAUGACAACGCACCAAUGGUCACGUUCCCCAUAAACAGCUCCUACACACUUCUACCACCAUCCAGUAACAUCAGAACAGUCGUCAGGACUGUCAUUGCCACUGACACCGACACUGGCAUCAACGCUGACCUUAACUACAGCAUCAUUGGAGGAAACCCCUUCAAGCUGUUUGAGAUCGAUGGUGGUACUGGGGUAAUUUCCCUGAUGAAGAAGCUGGAGCAGAAGCAUUACGGCCUCCACAGGCUGGUGGUCCAGGUCAAUGACAGAGGGCAGCCUUCACAGAGCACUACCACACUGGUUCACGUGUAUGUUAACGAGACUCUCUCCAACUCCACAGUGGUGGAAGCUCAGGUGGCCAAGAGCCUCAGUACUUCUUUAAACACCAACAUCGCUGGAGAUCCCAACUAUGAUCUGAGCAAACAGCGUUUAAGCAUCGUAAUAGGAGUAGUAUCAGGCAUAAUGACCGUCAUUCUCAUCAUCCUCAUAGUCGUCAUGGCUCGUUACUGUCGUCCAAAAAAUAAGAACGGCUACGAAGCUGGCAAGAAAGACCACGAGGACUUCUUCACUCCACAGCAACAUGACAAAUCCAAAAAGCCCAAAAAAGAUAAGAAAAAACAGAAAUCCAAACAACCACUUUACAGCAGCAUCGUCACAGUCGAGGCCUCCAAACCCAAUGGACAGCGCUACGACGGCGUCAACGAGAAGCUCUCAGACAGUCCAGGCAUGGGCCACUACCGCUCGGUCAAUGGGGGGCCGGGGAGCCCAGAUUUGGCCCGUCACUACAAGUCCAGCUCGCCGCUGCCCACAGUCCAGCUUCACCCGCAGUCGCCCACAGCUGGAAAAAAGCACCAGGCAGUUCAGGACCUGCCCCCUGCCAAUACCUUUGUUGGCACCGGAGAUAACAUUUCCCUUGGAUCUGACCACUGCUCCGACUACAGCAGUCAAACCAUCAACAAGUACAACAAGCAGCCGUUUCGCCGAGUGACCUUCUCGGUGGUGAGCCAGCCCCAGGACCCUCAUCAGCAGGGAUCGCUGCAGAGCUGCUACGACAGUGGCCUUGACGAGUCGGAGACACCCAGCAGCAAGAGUUCAUCGGGGCCCCGGCUGGGCGCCCUCCCCCUGCCCGAGGACAGCUACGAGAGGACAACGCCGGAUGGCAGUGUCGGUGAGGCAGAGCACAUGGAAAAUGACACCCGGCCCCUGCCUGACGUAGCCAUGACUGGCAAAUGUACCCGGGAAUGUGACGAGUACGGCCACUCCGACUCCUGCUGGAUGCCUGUGCGCACAUCUCCUGAGCGGCGACCUUCCAAGUCCACCACCACCCCCCAACAACCAAAGCUUUCAACUUUCAUGAGCGGUAAUGGCAGUGGCGGCAGCAGCAGUAGCAGCGGCCUCAUCGAACACCCCAGCAGCCAGGAGACCCUUGCAAUGGCCGCCAUGGCCAACGGAGACCCCACUGCAGCUUACAACACUUUGGGCGACCGAAAUCGCAACCUGCUCAACAAGAAAAUGGCCUCCUCCUCCUCCUCUUACGAAGCCUUUGGCUCGCCUUCCUAUGGCUCGCCGGGGGGCGCAGAGGAGGUUCUGCACCACCCCACUGAGGAGAUCCCCCUUGCAACGACCGGGGAGUACAAACCCACAACCUGUGGCACUCUAACGCGGCGGGAGGUUUAUCUGUGAGCUGCAUGGAGAGGGUUAGACACACCUGCUGUGCCAACCAUGUAUGUAACACUGAGCGUAGCUGCUUGGCCACCGCCAUUACAGCUCUUGAGGCUUUUAGACUACUUGUUCUGCGUGUGGUAGGGUUGAACUUUCUCCAAAGACUUUUCCAACAGCUCCUUAAUAGAAAAUACCCCAAUAAAUGGAACAAAACCAUUGAGCACCACUUAAAACAUGACCUGGAAUAAAUGUUGAAGGAAGGAGGGAAACUGCUGUAGGUACUCCCUGGACUAGGGAUAAGGCGUGCCAGGCUCUUGGGACUCAAUGCAUUGCCUGACCCUUGAUCUGUACAGAAAUCUACUCAUUUUACAUAUUCAGUACGUGCAUGCAUUACACUCCAACAUAACAUCCUACAUAAAAGACGCAAAAUCUCCCUAACUCUUCUGCUCAUUUUUUUUUUCUUUUUUUUUGUUGUUGUUGAGAAUAACAGCUGUACACGUGGACUUUGUUGACGUUCGACAUUUUAAUUUCAGAACAGGACAAUGACCCAUCCAGGAUUCUGUAUUCCUUGGCAGCAACUUUUUUUUUUGGAUGAUAAAAUUCUAUCAGCCAUGUUGACUGUUUGAGGCAGCAUUAAACACAAGGACAGCAAAGACUAAGCUUUAAACACUAACAUUGAUGCCAGUCCUCUUUUGAAAGGAAGGGCAGCUGUUGUCAUUUGCUGCAACACAACAUCUUAUUUCAGACUGGUAACACCACUGGUACAACGCUGUCCACCAGUGUGAUUGUUCUUUACAGGUUACAAUCUACUCAUUGUACAUAAUCAAUGGACCACGGCAGCAACACACAACAGUCUCAUCCUCCUCUUUCGUCUCACUGACCUUUCCCUCAGUCUCUUGUUUUUCGUCUUUGAUCAGUGAAAUCCAAGAUCAAAUCCCUCUAUUACAAAAUACAACAGCUUGGAGGCAUAAUGUGAUGUCAACAGUGGCUGGGAAAAAAAAUGUUUCAUGCACCUAACUGUGCAAAAGAAAAUUGCGCAAUAUUUUUUUCCUUUAGUAGACAUAUAUAAACAUGGAGAAAGAGCUGCUAUGCUUAGGUAAGCCUCACAGCACUGCUGUAUUGACUGAAAAUCCCAGGUGAGUACAACGUGAGGCAUGAGACCAAAUUACGCUACAUUUGUAAACGUUUGUUUGCAAAGGCCAGAUAUGCAGGUGCAUACUGUAAAAUUCACACCAAUGGGGACAUGGUACAGUGUAAAAAUGCUAAGACAGCUUUUUAGUGUCAAUAUUUUCCUCAAUUUCUUUAGUUUUGUAAUAGAUUGAGCAAUAAAUAUCAUAAAGUACGUGCGACCAACCAGCAUCUGAUCCUCUCUCCCUUCUUCAAAAAGCCUUUAGCAGAGACACUUACAUUAACCCCUGCAUUUUACCACACUAGAUAUAUACUAGAUAUCACUUUCCAUAGAAGAUAGUGUAGAUGAAGAUGGAAUCUUUGAGCACGAAUGUAGGAAUCAGCUCAACGGAGAACAAUCAAACUAAAUGCACAGCUGGAAGUGUUUAUUUUGAUUUGUGACUUUGUGGAACACUGAAUGAGAACAUUUAUCGAGUCAGUGAGAAACCAUGUUUGAAAUAGGUUAAAUAGUUCUCCAUUCCCCAAAUUAUCGAGAGCAAAUUCUGCAAAAUUCUGGUGCGAGUCUCAAUAUUACCGGUACUGAUUGACCAGAUGUGUUGAGACACGAUGACCACCUGUGGCUUACCCUUUGAUGAUACACUUUUCUGAUGCUCAUGCACAUUUAGAAGCGGUUUCUGCUUCUACUUGUUACACACAGGAAUUAGCCCAGACUCUCUUGAUCUUUUUACAACGAUCUGAACCGUAGAUGGUUUCGUAGACUUUGAAUGAUGCUCCUUUUUUACCUAAUCUGCAAAAGGAAAACUAAACUUGUAAGAACUGCUAAAAGAGGCAACACAAUUGAAGCUUAACUAACUAACUAAACAUGAUUCAGUAAUUUUGACUGAUAAAUUAUCAAGUAUGCACAGUAUAGUUUUUGCUGCAUUAUUUAAGGAA